AUUAUUCAUCGUUAUAUGCCCACUUUGAGAGAUCCGAUAGAAACAAAAAUAGAAAAGAAAAACAUCACAAAAGAGAUCUGUGGUUUGAUUUGGAUCACCAUGGAAAAAGUAGAGGUACCACCAAUUCAUAACCAUCCGCUGUUACCUUUUACUCGUUUUUCCUACAAGGCUUGUAAAGGGUGUGGGUAUGUUGGUUACAUAUAUGGAGGCUACCAUUGCAAUGAGUUGGGGUGUGAAUCUGUGUUUCAUAAAGAGUGUGCCGACCCGUUACCAGAAAUCAACCACUAUUCUCAUCCAGACCAUCCUCUAAAGCUCCUCAUAAAUGUCGAACCACUUGCUUCUUGUAGCCAGUGUCCAUCUUCGUUUGAAAAUGGUUAUCUUUGUUCGAUUUGUGACUUCAAGUUGGAUUUUCGUUGCGCGACGAGGUUGCCUUUGGAAUUUAUUCUUGAAGAAUCCACUGUCCACGAGCAUCCGAUUCAGCUCUCUGAUGGAACCCGUGACGGUUUUGUGCAACUUUGCAAAACAUGCAAAUGGGGAGUUUUCGAUGCUGUUCAUUACAAAUGUAAUAAAUGCGAUUUACGCUUUCAUGUGGAGUGUACCAAACUUUUUCCACAAGCUAGCCACGUUUUACACCCCCAACACCCACUCAAGCUCCUUAGAUGUGAAGAAGCACCCGAUUACGCCGACAACAAGUGUCUUCUUUGCGGGAAUAAGUUUGACGGACGAAUUCACCACUGUGAUGUUUGUAACUUUACCAUAUGUGGCGGCUGUAUGGAAAACCCACCGCCGCUUAGUGUUGUAAGCCCGACCACCCAUGAGCAUCAACUUUAUCUUCUUUCAAAACCUCUCGGUUUCACUUGCAAUGCUUGCGGGACUCAAGCUGAUCAAAGCCCUUAUUUCUGUCUUCAAUGCAACUUCAUGAUUCAUUGGGAGUGUAUCGAUUUGCCCCGCGUCAUAAACAUCAACCGCCACGAUCAUCGCAUCUCCUACACUCGUCGUCUUGGACAUGGGCAAAAUACAUGCGGGGUUUGUCGUAAAAAGGUUGAUGGCUUCUACGGGGGUUAUUCUUGCUCAAAAUGUUCUAACUAUGUUGUUCACUCGAGAUGCGCAACGGACGAGGAUGUAUGGGACAUGAUAGAGCUAGAAGGGACACCCGAAGAGCCAGAGGAAGAUGCGCCAUUCGAGGUGAUUGAUGAUAACACGAUCAAACAUUUUAGCCAUGAUCAUAACUUAGUAAUCAACAAGGAUGGGAGGAUUCUCCAUGAAAGCACACUAUGUAAAGCAUGUGUCUUCCAGAUCUGUUCAGAUGCGUUCUACAGUUGCGAGAAUUGUGACUUCAUUCUCCACCAAAAAUGUGCUAACCUGCCUCGGAAGAAACGGCAUGUUUGCGACAACCUACCAUUUACCCUAGUCACAAAUGAUACUUCAGACGAAACUUCAUGUGAUCUUUGUUGGCAAAGUUUCACCGGUUUCAGGUACGAGUGUCUUACUCGUAUGGUUACUCUAGAUGUACGAUGUGGUUCAAUUCGAGAACCAUUGGUGCACCAAAGCCAUCAACAUCCCUUAUACUUUUCGAAACGUAGUUCUAAGUCUUGUACGGAAUGUGGCAAAAACAUGGAUCUAGAUAUAGGAAGCUUUAGCUGUGAUGAGUGUGACUAUAGUUUGGACUUCAAGUGUGCUCUUUUACCGCAGAAAGUAAAGUGGCAUAGAUACGACGAUCAUCCUCUUUACUUGUCGUGUGGUGAAAGUAGUGUGGAUGGAGAAUACUGGUGUGAAGCAUGUGAAACAAAAGUGAAUUCGAAGAAAUGGUUCUAUACAUGCAAUGAUUGUGGUGUCAUAUUGCAUAUUUCAUGCGUUGUGGGAGACUUCUCAUAUUAUAUGCCAGGUUCCAAAAUAGGAUGGGAGGAAGACUUGGUGGUAUCCAACACCUCUAUGUGUAGACCAUUUUGCUAUGUGUGUAACUCUCAAUGCAAGCUUCCUUCCAUUGUUAAGGUCGUUUCCAAAGCCGAUGUUGUUUUAUACAUUUGUUCUUUAAACUGUUAUUAUAAUUUCAACCGCUCUAAUAACUACUCUAGUAGUGAUUGGUAAGGCAUGUUUUAAUGAAGAAAAACUUUGUACCAUUUAAUUCCAAAAGUAUGUUUUACAAUAGUUUUUUUUUAACCUCAAGCUUAUGCGCUUUUUCCACAAUUAUCAAUCUUUUGAAUCC